AUGUAUCUAUUGCUGGCCCUCAGCCCAGAAACCAUCUCCGACAUCCUCAAGCUCGACAACUGUGAUCUCUUCCCCGUCUCCGAAUUCAAGAUGCACCAGGCUGGUACAGCUCUCCUCGCAAUCUUCACCCCGGCGUGGCCACGAUCCCCUCUCAGAUUCCCUGAGCCAGCUACCACAGGAUACACAUCUACUAUCUGGGUGCGACAGACCUGCAUGCUACUGCCCAAAUUAAAUUAA